AUGGUCGCUUCCGUGGUCCAAGACGGAAAACGCAUCCCAUUCGGCCCCAUAUCUCCGGAGACUCAAAAGCUUUUCCCGAAUGAGGACAAGCAUCGUGCCGUCGAUGUUUUGCAUAGGACCUUGACGACCAACAUUUACAAGACACGUGAUGGCCGCUAUUAUCACAUCCACGGCCUGCUUGCACCCUUCAUCUGCGUCGUAAUGGAAUCUUAUCUGAAUGGAAUAGGUAGCAUGAACCCGGGACCGACGCUGACAGCGCUUGGCCUACCGUUGGAAGGCGAGCCCGAUGAUACGUAUGAAUCCGUCGUCCGCAGGUUCCAGGAAGUUGUAUCCCAACUCGAUUCGUCUGAUCUUAACGAGCUCAUGAACGAGCAACAUCGGCAAGCUGGCACUAUUGCCUAUACCGCAGAUGAAUACUCCGCGACCGAGCAGGGACAGCAAUGCGCCAAAGUUGGAAUUUAUGAGCUUUCAAAGGAUUCAGAGUCUGAGGAGCCGGCGAGUUGGUGGCCUGAGACAGUUCCUCAGAGUUCAGACUCGACUUCCAUCAAACCGCUCGCAGGCCUGAAAGUGAUCGAUUUGACACGCGUCAUUGCCGGCCCAGCUAUCAGUCGCAGUCUUGCAGAGAUGGGAGCUAGUAUGAUGAGAGUGACCUUACCCAAUAUCACGGAUCUCUCAGCCCUUCACCAGGAUUUGAACUGGGGAAAAUGGAACUGCCACCUAGACCUGAAGAAGUCUGGUGAUAAGGACAAGUUACGAAAGCUGAUAUGCGACGCUGACGUUGUAGUGGAUGGGUAUAGGCCUGGUGUCAUGGAGCGCCAUGGUUUUGGUCGCCAAGCCAUAUACGAUCUUGUCAAAGACCGGCUUCGCGGCAUCAUCCAUGUUCGGCUGAACUGCUAUGGGUCCCAUGGACCUUGGAGCCAUCGAAGCGGUUGGCAACAAAUGAGCGACGUAUGCUGCGGUGUGUCUAUGGCCUACGGCAGAGCCAUGGGCCGCGACGAAGCGGUAGCCCCUGUGUUUCCGAACUCAGACUAUUGGAGAGUUUCCUCCCCGGGCGCCACUUACGUUUAA